AUUUCCAUGUCUGGGAUCAGAGUUUUGCUGUUUACAAUUUAAUAUGAUCACUGCCUUCUACCUUGGAGUUCAGAUUCUCUUAUAUAAUGUGGCCUCUACCUGUUGUAAUAAAGAUAACAAAACAUACACUAACAAGAAUAAACAGGCUUUCUAAAGCAGGAUUUGUCUUAUAUCAGAACCGGUUUGAGGUUGCAAUAUAAUUAUCUACCUUUGCCGUGUAGCACACACAAUAUUGACAUUGUAAUUCAGAGCAUGUUAUCUACAUGAGACAGCAGUUUUAAACAUGUCUGUGACACCUAGUGUCCUCGUGUUCCUCAAUAACUUCGCACGGUUUUAUGUUAUUAAAGUUCUGGAUGACUCAAAGAUCAAGGAGGUAAGUGUAAGUAUGAGGUGUGAGUAGAUUACAAGUUGAAUGGUUAAAGUAGUUGGUGAGUUAAGAUUGAUGAACGCACGGUUUAUAACCAUUGAUGUGAAUAUUGAUUGACGAUUGAUGAAUGCUUUAUGAUUGAUGUGUAUGUUUCACAUGUAAGGAUGCGAAUCAUCGUCAUCAUUCAAUUUUCAAUAAACUAAUAAUUUCAUUUCAGGUGACUUAAAAUCGUCUACAUAAUGUUGAAAUGUUUCAUGAUGUUGUUUAAAGCUGCGAGUUCAACCACGCCGUCUCCCGGCAUUACAACCUCAACCGAGCAGAUUACAUCCACAGCCUCGACAAGCACGUCGACUACAGCCACCUCCUCUGCAACCACGCCAUCUACAGCAACCCCCACUUCACCUACAACUACACCUACAACCACACCGACAUCAACGUCAACCACACCGACAUCAACGCCAACUACAACCACACCUAAACCUACAACUACAACUACACCUACAACCACACCGACAUCAACGCCAACUACAACGCCCAAAGCAAUGGCCGACGUCGGAUUAGGUCAGGACUGCACGCAUGCGCAUUGCAACGUAAACCACAGCGCAUGCGUAAUGAACGAAGCCGGUGGACGUCGAUGCGAAUGUGUCCAGAAUCAUUUGGAAACCGUUAAUGGGAAUUGUAAACAAGCUCCAACCAUGUUGGUUGCAAAGGACAUCCCGGAUAUUACUGUGAAGGGCAACCUUCGUAGUGGAGACGUGGUUGGCACUAUUCCAUUUACAUCGUUUGCCGACUUCUCGAGAUCGGAGUUCCAAAUUACCGUUAAAGUCCUUCCAGAAGGCAGUGGAAUCACGGCACACGUUACAACGAAUGGCAUAACGUUGACGUCAACGUCAAACACGGAGACAACACGGAAAGACAUCGUGCUAAAGAUCGACGCUCAUAUCCAUUACAUACUCAUAUCGCAAGUAGUAUCAGUGCAUAUUGUGUUUGAGGAGAUCAAAGUCAAUACUCAGAUAAUACCCUACUUCCUCUAUGAAGGGACAAGGGAGGCAACUGUCAUUGGCGAUACUAGACAGAUGACGUCAAGAUAUGGACAAUCAGGAUACAAACCCUCAAUCAUUAGUCUCACUAAAAGCGAUAUUGUCGAGGCAUUGUUUGGGCUGCAAGAGUCAGGGCAAAUUGUACUGAAGAAGGACGUGGACCUUCUGGAAUUGACCGGAUCUGAACGAGUUGCUUCAGUAGAGAUAUCUUUCCAAGUAAACCUAACCCGUGAUUUCGCAUCCCAAGAUGUUGUCUUAGCAGUUUAUCACAUCAUGAUACUGAACGAUAACUAUCAAUACACUAUUGACGAGAAUAAUCCUCCAAAUAUGGUCAUUAUGCAGAAUCAGUUUUGGGGAAAUUCAAAUUUCAAACUCACAGCGCUUGUUCUACCAGCAGCGUUAAAGUUUCAAAAUAAUGAUGUCUUGGUAACGGAACAAAUGAAUUUUGAAAAGGUAUCGGAUAGAGAAACUGAGUUUAGGCUUCAUGUAUCCUCAGUUGAUUCUCACGGAUCAGAUAACAUUCCUAUAGCUGGAAGACUAGUAGUAAAGAAUGUGGACGACGAAGCGCCUCAUUUUGAUGAAACCAUUUUAUACCUAACCGUCCUGAGUGGUUCUCCAAAAGGAACCAUACUUGGUGUAAUACACGUACAUGACCAAGACACCCCUUUAUCAGGCUUAUCGCUCGCAAUUAAAGGGCCAUACAGUGCAUAUUUUAUAAUAGACAAUGGGGGUACUCUGACAAGUGGAACUGAUAUGCAUAUUGGUCCCUCGGAGUUUCCACACAAUUUCAAUUUCACUGUUUCGGCUACUGAUGGAACAUCAAGGUCUGACAACGACUGCAUUGUGGACGUAACGAUCAACUUAGCGAAUAAACAUACAACUAAUCUAAAUAUGUCAUUCCCCGCCGUCCUGCCGGAAGAAUCACCCAGUGGCACCUUCGUGGCCGAUGUCAGACAAGUCAACUACACCAACUAUCUGUUUACAGAGCGUGAAGCUUACUCCUAUUUCCGCCUCAACAAAACUACAGGUAGAGUUACAACUGCGAGACCUCUUGACAGGGAGAAGAGCACCGAGGCCCACACUGAUUUCAGCAUCAGCGGACAUAUGGAGAAUCAAGAUCUGUGCAUCCUUAUUAUUAUUGGGGAGCUACACACAACCUUGACUGAUGUGAAUGACAACAGCCCGGUGUUUCCUCUCCUUCCGUAUGUAACAGUCAACGAAAAUGUUGAACCGGGAUACGUGUUGUUUGAGGCAAGUAUACAAGACGAUGACCAAGGCAUAAAUGGGAAGUCAAACUUCAUAAUUAACGACACGUCAGCCUUCACAGCAGAAACAUUUGAUGGAAAAUCGUUCAAAGUCCGUGUACACCAGAAACUCGACAGAGAGAAAGUACCCGCAUAUUACCUAACCAUUUAUGCCGUAGAUGGUGCUGCAGGCAGUGCAGUAAGGAAAACAAGUUCAACAUAUCUCAACGUAGAGGUGGAGGACGUCAACGACAACCCUCCCGUAUUUGCAACAACAGCGACGACGUUCGUCGUUCCGGAGAACCAGGCUGACGUACUUGUUACAACGUUAAAUGCAACUGACAAAGACGCAGGCCUGAAUGGAAAAGUCUCCUUUCAAAUAAUAUCUGGAGGUCUUGGAUACUUCACUAUAAAUAAUCGAACGCUCAAAACGACAAAGGGUAUCGACAGGGAAACAUAUGAUUCUUUUAAUUUGAAUAUUGAAGCUUUUGACUCGGGAAGCCCUCAACUAAGUACAUACCGGAAUGUCACCAUCGACAUCACAGACGUGAACGAUAAUGCUCCUGUGUUUCAUGGCGUCGAUGGCCGCGUGUUCAAAUUUGUAGAAAAUGCUCAAUGUUCGAGGAAUAUUGUGACCGUCAAUGCCACCGAUGCAGACACAGGGAGCAAUGGUCACAUCGUAUACAGUCUAGGCGGUAGUGAUAGUCACAUGUUUACAGUGGACAGUCACACAGGCGGUAUUUCCUGUAAGGCGCCCCUAGAUUAUGAAAACAUAUCUAUUUAUCGGGAUUUAAUCAUUUUAGCCACCGACCAAGGUCAGCCAGCCCUUACUUCAUCAUCCAUUAUCACUGUCAAGGUCGUUGAUGUCAACGACAACGCUCCGACGUUCUCAAAGUCCAGUUACGACGUUAAUGUUACCAACACUGGGACGGCAGGUAGCAUACCUCUGUUCCUUCUCAGUGUACAUGAUGCUGAUUCAGAAGAAAACGGAAAGGUGUCGUUAUCUAUUGCAAGUUCUCAGGACAGUAACCUAUUUACAAUUACUUCAAACCUCAUACGGUUGAAUUCAUCCCCUCAGCUUACAAGCAAAGACUAUGAUUUCAACGUCACUGCAACCGAUGGUGGAACUCCUUCCUUGUCUGCUACGACAACGGUGACGGUUCACGUCAUGCAAAGUGCAUCAAAUGGACUUAAGUUCAAGGAGACUGACUUCAGCCUUAAUGCCACAGAAAACAGAAACUACACAAGGACGGCGAUUGGAAAUGUGUCAGUAACGAAUAGCGGAGGAAAUCAGUUGACCUUCUCAAUUGACGCUGAGUUCGCACAAACAAAGUUUUCAAUAAACAAUGCAGGGGAGAUAUUCUAUGCUGGUACAUUUGACAGAGAACUACAGGCGUCGUACAACUUCAUUGUGAGAGCGGCUCAGCAGGGUGCGGAUGAUGUAGCAGUGGUGCGUGUCCAUGUGGAGGAUGUCAACGACAACCCUCCGAUAUUCACUCUUCAGUCCAAUCAGCUGGUGUUUACUGAACCUGAGGACGUGAAAGUCAAUACACCCAUAACGACUGUUUCUGCCAGUGACAAAGACACAGGGGCUAACGGUCAAGUGACAUAUUCCCUGUAUCCCUUGACAGAUUUUACGAUAGACCACUCCACGGGCAGAUUGGAGGUAGCCAACAGUCUCGAUGCGGAUCCUUCUGGUCGGUCGUACAACCUGACAAUAACGGCGACGGACAAUGGCAGCCCAAAAAAGAUCUGCGGCUGUAACGGCAUCCAUCCUUGUGACCGACGUCAACGACAAUUCUCCGGUGUUCAGUUCACCGACGUACGCCUUCCGCGUAAAGGAGGACGCUGCUGUCAACAGGUCUCCACAUUACAAGCGACAGACAGGGACUACAACAAAGCCACCAACGGCCUGGUGAGUUACGAGGUGGCGACAACAACACAACACUGUCCCUUCUUGAUAAAAGAAGUUUCAGACCCCAGUACAAACAAUGUCAUGGGCAGCAUCCAAGUCAGAGAGCCACUUGACUAUGAAAGUGUCAAGUUCUACACCUGUAUAGUCACGGCACAUGACAACCCAGAAAGACACACGCAGAUGAGCAGCACAGCCACUGUCAACAUUACUGUAGAAGAUGUUGACGACAACGUCCCGUUCUUUCUUAACGAACCCUACAUCGCCAAUGUCAGCCGAGAAGGUGCUGCGAGAAGUUUUAGUUUCAACGUCACCGCGCACGAUGUCGAUUCGUCUGCAGUUAAUGGUAUCAUCCGAUACAACCUGACAGACGAUCUGAAGACAACUAACCCGCCCUUCAAGAUCGAUCCUUUUACGGGGACUGUGUCAAUUGCGGGCUCCCUCGAGACUGUUCCUGACUUUUUUAAUUUGACCAUAACAGUCAGAGAUAGCAAGCACAGCAACAGCACACGACUCGCCAUUAACAUCAUUGAUAACAAUCAGCGCCCAAAGUUUAUAAAACCAAAGUACAUACACAAUAUCAAGGAGGAAACUGAGAUAACAAAGCCACUUCACCUCCUCUAUGUGGGGAGCGCAAGAUGACAACACGCCAACCUGUAACUGCACAUAUGACAUGGAUGAUUCAGAAUAUUUUACAAUCGAAAGCACGACCGCUAGCGUCCUUCAGCUAAAGUCUGUGGACAGAGAAAAGAUCGGUAACAACGUGACACUUCAUAUCACAGCCACAGAUCACGGGUCUCCCCCAAAGUCUACCCG